UUUGUAAAUUGUUUCUUUCAGGUUUUCUGAUCCUGAGGAAGAGCCAGUCUAGCAAGGACCCACAGCUGUAGGGACGAUGGUGCGGAUCUUGGCCAAUGGGGAAAUUGUGCAGGAUGACGACCCCCGUGUGAGGAACACCACCCAGACACGCAGUAGCACCCCUCGACAGAGUUUUCUCAAUAGGGGUCAUGGGACCCCUCUUGGAGGUCCUGGCCCCCGCCAGCAGCAGGCAGGUGCCAGACUGGGUGCUGCUCAGUCCCCCUUCAAUGACCUGAACCGGCAGCUGAUGAACAUGGGCUUCCCCCAGUGGCAUCUUGGGAACCAUGCCGUGGAGCCGGUGACCUCCAUCCUGCUCCUCUUCCUGCUCAUGAUGCUUGGCGUCCGGGGACUCCUGCUGGUGGGCCUCGUCUACCUGGUGUCCCACCUGAGCCAGCGGUGACAUCCGGGGGCUGUUGGGACAGGUGUGGGGAGAGGGAGUGGCUGGGCCUCUGUGUGAGAGCAGGCUCGCAGGGAGGGAACCUCGAGGUGCCUGGAAGGUGUGCUGGGAGGGAGAACGUGCUUCCGUGUGGUGUUAAGCAUGGGACCGAGGGGCCCUCUGGGCCGGCUUCCCACAGUAAUGGCUGGAUGUCCUUGUUGCCCUCGAGAUGUUGUUAGGGAACACCGGUCCUGUACUAAGCACAAAGUCACAACAAGAAAGGAAUCCCUUCCCGAUUCUCUUUUAAUCCUUUCAUGCCAAGAAGAAAGUUCUAGCGUGGUGCCAAUGUAUUUCCAUGUCUCUGGAACACGUGCCGACUUCCCCUGUUACUAAGGAGCAGGCCUUGGGCUUAGGGCAGGUGGGGGAAGAUUCCAGACUUUUAUAGCACCCUUUUGUUUUAAUGGUAUAUUUUUAUUGGCUACCCUUUAUUUAUGACAACUGAUACUGGCGUUCUACCGGUUGUGGUGGCAUUUUCAAUAAAUGACUUGAAGUAAAAAGGAACCCA